AUGGGGAGUCUCUUGCUACCCACAGAGAGUCAAAAUGUGGGAGCUAUUCCUUACGAUUUCAUGCAAUCUGUGGAGUCCAUGCCUUCAAUACCUUCAGAUAGAAUCGAAACACAGCAUGGCUCGUGGAAUAACCGCCGGGUUGGCUGGCAUCGUCUGCGGAUGUCGUCGAAGGCGCUUCAUAGACUUGUAGCGUUUGCCUCUGUCACAGCAGUGGCAUUAAUGUUGCAUGCAUGCAGCGUGUUUGUCAUAAGGCGAUUAUCGUCGUGGCCGAGUAGUCGGAGACUCGCUGCUGGAGAAAACUCCGAAGCUACAUCAGGCGGCGGCGCUUACACGUCGUUCUGCGAGGCCUUGUACGAGUGUCAAGAAUCUCAACUGAAUACUGUCACUAUGCCAGAGAGGCCUCCGCAGUCUACUCUGCUGCGUUCCCCUCUUCAUAUUUUAGAGGAACAUCAAAGCAAAUUGUCUGGAGAGGAAGCGAAUUUUGUAGCCGAAGGGCUGGACUCAACAGAGGAGCCAGCGCAAGGUGAUGGCAAGCGGGAAGCCAAGUCAGAUCUAGGUUCUGGAAGACACGGUAAACGGCUGGAGGAACCCCAGCAGAGCGAGACAUCGAACUCAGGUCCCUGGCUCGGGGCGAACUUUGAAGACGUUGCAACGCGUGCCCGAAAACGUCACGGAAGUGCGUCGAGCAGUAGGACAAAACGCGUCAAAACUAGCAACGUUCAGAGUGAUCCAAAUAUCCCACAUCAAAGCACAUCGGCAUUAUCUCAUAAGGCACUGCGUGGCGUGGGUGGCGCUGUGGGAGCCGUAGAGCGGCAGCAAUAUGCACCAACAUUUUUCUUAGGCGAGCAUCUGGACAGCAGUUUGAGUCGCCAUCAUGCUGUCGGUGGAGGCUGGUGGUUAGCAGACCCCAAUUUACAAGUGCCAGGCAGUAGCGAACUUUGUAACAAUUUCGGCCAACCAGGGAAUGAAAACCCGCGUAACGUUCAUGGAGGAGUCGAGCGACUGCCAGGCCGAAGUGAUGGAGUGCUGCCAGAAGACCCUUCUUCCGCGAAAUCUGAGAAUUUUACCUUAUUUUAUCCGGAGGACGAUGCGACAGCUGUAAUGGAGUGGAUACGAGAAGUCAAGCAGCACAUGGGAAGCACUGGUGAAUUUCGCCGAAGCCUCGGCCAAUCAAGAAAAGAUAACUCUCAACAAUCUCAUGGAAGUGUUGGAGGAUUUCCACUGCCAGGAGCUGUAGUGCUACCAGGAGCCUCUUCUUCCAACGUAGAAACGGGGAAUGUAUCCGCGUCGUAUUCUCCGGAGGAUGAUUCGGGAGCCGUACAGGAGUGGUUACGAGAAGUCACUCAACACAUGGAGAACACUGACGAAUAUCCCAGCAGUCUCGGCCAACCAGGCAGUGCUAACUCGCGUGGAGCUCCUGGAGUAGUCGAGCAAUCGCCAUUUCCAGGAAGCGCACUGUUGCCGAAGGGCUCUUCUGUUGGCGCAGAAGGGAGUGGCGCUUUCGAAUGCUUUGCUCCGCAGGGCGAUGCGAGGACCGCGCAGGAGUGGUUACAGAGCCCUAAUUCACGCUCACAAAGAACAAGCGGAUUUCGUAGCAAUCUGCAUCAGACAGUGAUCGGCGGCCCAAGUCAUUCUUCAAUAAUAGCCAAUGCGCCGAUAUUCCCAGAAAGUCCUGGAGAGUUUUCACUUGGACCUAGUGUCCGGGCACCAAUGCUUGAUUACGCUUCAGAAGGUGGAAUGCAAGGCACAGCGUUUUAUUCAAAUGACGAAGAAGCAUUGGACUCAUACUUAGAGGAGCUGGAUAUGUCUGGCGCACUUGGAGGGCCCGUACUUAAGAGAAGUCUCUUUGGUGAAGAGGUACGGCCUUUACCUCGCCGUUGGCUCGAGGGCGAGGAUUUAUGCAGCAUGCCUGGGCAGUCUUCAACGAUGACUUCUGGAAUUUCUGGAGGGUGUGCUAUAGUAGCUGCACUACAACAAAGGGAAUUCAUGGACAGCCACCCUUUUUACCGCCUGCCUGCUAAACCACCAGCACCCGGUAACAGAGUUUUCAGUUUGGUUCUGGCUUUAACAUACAAUCAAAUAAAAAGCAGGCCCUUUCGACUUCUCGCUCUUGUGAAGGACCUUUUGAAGCAGGAAACGCUAAAUGAAAGCAGCCAGGAUGCUCUUGUAGAGGCAGCCGAACGCCUGUAUGGAUACUCGCAAAAUAACAUGCCUGUUACGGCGCCGCGAAAAUGGCCAUAUCAUUAUGUCGAGAUACUGGGAACCAUCUUUCUUCUAGUAGACGCGCUGUUCUGCGCAGCUGAAGCACUUGGAUCAAAUGCACAGAGAGAACUGUGGUGGCCACAGCUAAUGAACCGCGUAAGGGACGCAGUUCAGCACUUUAGGGCGGAAAAGUGGCUGUAUGUCGGUAAGCAGAAGAAAAACAUUGAGCUUUCCAAAGCAUUAGCCAGCGCUCUUGACGUAUACAGAAGUGGUGGGCGGCCUUCGGCAUACACGGUAGUCAAUUUAAAGCGGUGCCUUCUGUGCGACCCCACCAACGUGAAGUUCAGGAGCACGUCUUGGAAAUCUUGGAGAGCAGACGAGUUGGAAUGGGCCGCUUCUGUACAGCGGCGGCUAUUGCAGCGGCUUUAG